AUGGCCAUGGUGUUAUGGGGGUCGAGCCUCAACUCCGUACCACCACCUCGCAAGCCAUCGGAUGUUGGUGGCGAUCAGGAGCUACCACCGGCUAUCCCGAUUGACGAAAGUCUGCAUGUUGAGCCCCGCCAGAGCAAUGCAGGAGAGCCCCUACUGCUCGAUGGAGGUGAGAUGUGCCGACGAGCUCGCAUGAACACUGGUGACUUUGGGGUGCCCUCGUUGGAGACUCGGCAGUCCUACUUCUCCAACACCAUACCCAAAAGGCCCGAGGUGCCUGCAGCUCCCAACCGGAUCUUGCACAACCACCAUAAAGUUCGUAUCGAGAAGAUGAUGAAGGAGCCGUAG